UCGACGGAUGCGGUAGAAGUUCGUGUUUCUUCUAGGCUUUGCGACUAAUCGUCAUGUGCAGCUCGAGAUUUUAUGAAAGUUCAAUGUUUUUGUCAGUGAUAUCAUCUUAGUCACGUGCUCAAAACGUUUCUACUACUAACUCGUGAUCAUCAUGUUGACAGUUCCUGUGGGACAGUGUCAAAAUCAACUCUCGUUUGUUACUGGAAACUAAAUUUGGAAGCAGGAGAAUGAACGGAAUGCAAGAGUCGUCAAAAUCAGUACCAGAAGCACCAGAGUGCGCCGGUUGCAGAAAACCUAUCAAAGAGAGGUACCUUCUGAAGGCCCUGGACCAAUUCUGGCACGAGGACUGUCUCAAGUGCACGUGCUGCAACUGUAGACUAGGAGAGGUCGGUUCAUCCCUGUUUACAAAGGCAAAUCUCAUUUUGUGUAGGAGAGAUUAUCUCAGGUUAUUUGGGAUAUCAGGAGUGUGCUCUGCGUGUAAUAAAACCAUCCCAGCUUUUGAACUAGUUAUGAAAGCUAAAGGAAACGUGUAUCAUUUGGAAUGCUUUGCUUGCCAGACCUGCAAUCAUAGGUUCUGUGUUGGAGAUAGGUUUUACCUACACGAGAACAAAGUCUUGUGUGAGUAUGAUUAUGAAGAAAAAAUGGUAUUUGCCAAUAUGGCUCAUGAAAGUGUUGAUGCCCAGCUGAAACGACAACCAAACAGACAAACAUUUCGGGUGCAAGAUGAUGGUUCCAGAAACUAUCGUUAUGUCGAGUCCUCAGUAGAACGAAAAUGAGUUUUUAUAAGUGUAAAGUUUAUGCGUUGAGUAACUACAAAUUGCAUGGUAAGAAAGUGCAUAUGGUUCACGUUUUGAGUGAUUAUAAAUUGUAUAUUGAAUGAGAAUGUACUGGUUUUUCAACGUCGAUUCACUCAACUUUAAAUGUUCUAGAACAUAUUUAACCGAUCUGAAGUAACUAAGUACCUGAGGUUGCUAAAUGUGGAGAUAUUUGAUUUAGACUUUUGUUGAACUCUACCAAUGGAAAGAUGGCGUCUUGUGAUAAACUUCUCAAUGGUAUAAACAAGACAAGCGUAAACGGGUAUCCAUGGAACCAUAAGAAGAGCGUCACCACUUGAAAGAACCAUUUAUUUGUUUAUAUAUUUUUUCUUACACUUUCUGUUAAAUACCUUGAACUGUAUUGUAUAGAUUUCUUUUAAUUUUACGAUAUCGGAAUUAAACGUAUACUCUAAACGUUCCUUUUCGUAGAUAUAAUUUUUUUACUUUGAUGCCCUCUUGUGGCAAAUAAACAAACAUUAUGCGAACUUUACUACUUUGCAUGCGCAGUGUUUAUAUAAAAUUGAUGUUAAGUCAUUAUCUAGUGUUGCUCUACAACCAUAAGUAUGUAAUUUCAGUUCCAACAUGAAUGUUGUAGUUAGUUCAAGAUUUGAAAAUAGUAUUUACUAGUUUUAUUAAUUACAUACCAUGUCAAGUUUCAAGUAUGAUGCCGUAUUGUCUAAUACAUUGCUAUUUAACCACUGCACCACAAUACACAUAUUACCACUAUAGAUCUAAAACUGAUUUCUCUCUUCAGUUUUGAUCAUUCCAACAUUUUCAAUCUUAAGCCCAUUAAUGAUAAACUUUAAAUCGCUUUUACAGUGAGCUUUGAACGUGGGAAAGCUCAUGUAAAUGACUGAGAUACGGAAACGUAAUACUCUGUUAGCGAGUGCAAUUAGGCCUAAUAUCGGUGUUGCAUUGCCAUGGCUCCUACUCAUAAAGUAUUUCUCAGAAAUUGAAAAUUAUUAAGUUCAAGGAUUUCUGAUAUUGAUAGUGCGACGAACUCUAAGUUAAUCGUCCCAUUCUGAGCGGGGACUUGUAUAAUAAUUUGAAAUUAAUUGUUAAAAUAUUCUUUGAUUAGGACAGUAUAAAAUUGUCAGGCCAUGCGUAAAAUUAAAUGUGAUGCCACAAUUAGCAACUUAUAAAUCAGAACAGUAAAUAUCUACCAAAUAUGAAUAUUUGUCAGAUAUAGCAGAUGCUGAUUUGAUGGAUGAUAAAAAUAUAUCUUUUAUAUAUUAGAUAUAAAACAGCAAAUAAAAGUGAAAAAUGCUUUAAGUAAAAGCCAUGUCUGACUAUUGUCUUAGAAAUUUACUGAUACAUCGAAAUAGUUGGUUCAUUUAUCAAGAAAGUAUAUUCUGUUAUUGUUUUUUAAACUUAUGUUUUGAAAUAUUAUAUUAUUUAUCUUUAAAUUUAACACGAUUCGUCAAAUGUUAUUCAAUACUGAUUUGUCUGUUUUAUGUAUUUUGGUACCAUGACACUUUCAUUAGUAAAAUUAUCAUUAAUUUGUCUUUGAAAGAAUAGUAAACAUAUCUUUUUUUUCGAUUAUGCUUGGUAGGAAAAAUGAAGUAAAUGUGGUUUUUCUACAGUUCAAGUGAAUAAAUUUGGAAAAAAAAAAGUUUUUUUUUGCUUAAUACACUUUCUUGUUUAUAUAAAAUAUUUACAAUUACAUGAGGGACUGCUCUGAACUUAUAAAGAUGUGUUAAUUUCAUUGUUUUGCUAAAGAGCGCAUUUCUGAUGUCAUGCCCAUGAUUGAAUGUACAUUAAUCAUCGCGGACUUCUGACACUUAUCAUUAGUAAAUAUACCAAAAUUGUAGAACAAGUUGUUCUUAUGCUAUCGUCAACACAAGAAUUGAAACGAUUUCAGUAUGUUCUGUUUUAACACCCAUCAUAAAUAGAAAUAUAAACGAAACAAAAAGCAUUGAGAAAAUGUUUUCUGACGUAAUUGUACUAGUUUUGCAGCUUUGGUUUGACUAGCUUGAAAAAUUAAGGGUAGUGAAAACUUAACCUUUGCAUUGUGAUAUUUUUACAUUUUUGUUGAGCAGUUUCGAUUUGGAUUUUUUGUCUUUCAGACAAACUUGAAAAAGUGCUAUGUAUCUACACUAAAAGUUUGUACUAUAGAUAUCAUAAUAAAACCAGCUGUUUGUU